AUGGCUUCCAAGGGUAUGUGGGAGGUUGAUCCUGAGACGCGGUCCAAGCUUGCCACUCUGCAAAAGGAAUCCAAGAACAAUAUUUGCUGCGACUGCAAUGCGCCGUCCCCGCAAUGGGCGUCUCCCAAAUUCGGUAUCUUUAUCUGCCUUUCAUGCGCUGGUGUGCAUAGAGGUCUCGGUGUCCACAUCUCUUUCGUUCGAAGUAUCUCCAUGGACGCCUUCAAAUCGAGCGAAAUUGAACGAAUGCGACUCGGCGGUAACGAGGGAUGGAGGAACUUCUUUGAUGAACACGAGCAGACCAAGAUGAUGGGUAUCACAUGGGAAGACUCGACUAUCGCGGAGAGAUACAGUGGUGAAGUUGGAGAGGAGUGGAAGGAGAGGUUAAGUUGCAAGGUCGAGGGCCGCGAAUACGUUCCUGGGGCGAAGAAGCCUGCCGCUGCGCCCCCGAAGCCAGCAUCACGAACUGGAACACCUAUGAGUGGCAGCGCAAACCGUAACGAGAGCCCUGCAGCUUCAGGAGGCAAGGUCAAAGUGGACGACCAGUAUUUUUCAAGACUUGGAGCUGACAACGCUUCACGACCCGACCAUCUGCCACCCAGCCAAGGAGGAAAGUAUGCUGGUUUUGGAAGCACACCUGCACCUAGCCAGUCGGAUAAUGACCUCGGUUUUGGGGAUUUUCAGAAAGAUGCCGUGGCGACUUUGACCAAAGGUUUUGGAUGGUUUACGUCAACAGUCUCCAAGACCGCCAAGACAGUGAACGAUGGCUAUAUUCAGCCCACUGCUAAGCAGCUCGCCGAGGGUGACUUUGCUAAGCAAGCCCAAUUGACAGCCUCUGCCUUUGCAAAGCAGGCCCAAGCAGCAGGCAAGAACGCCCAGGACGGUUUCAGCAGAUUCGUUGAAGGACCGGAUCACCAGAAGAGUCGGGAUGCUCCUUUGGAUGAGAGCAAGAAGAGUUUCUGGGACGAGUUUUCCAACUUGGCCGAUCAGAGACAACCUGCCAACAAUUCUAUCGGAACGAGUGCUAUGGGCAUGGGUAAGAAGAACACGGCAGCCCCUCCACCAAAGAAGCAGGAUGAUGCCUGGGAUGAUUGCCGGUACCGCGCCGAGCUUUGCCAUGACGACUUGGCCGGCUUUUGUGAACGUCUCGCCGCUCGACAACUUGGACUUCGCAUUCAACAACAGCAGCACAAUAUGUCAGCACUACGGAUUCUUGUCCCCGUGAAGCGGGUGAUCGACUAUGCUGUCAAGCCCCGAGUUAACAAGACCCAGACGGGUGUCGAGAAAGCCGGUGUCAAACACUCCAUGAACCCAUUCGAUGAGCUCUCAGUUGAAGAGUCAGUGCGAAUUCGAGAGAAGAAGCGCGCCCCCGGUGGUGUUGAGGAUAUCUGCGUCAUCUCUGCAGGCCCACCCAAAGCGCAAGAUGUGCUACGAACAGCCAUGGCCAUGGGCGCAGACCGCGGCAUCCAUGUUGAGCUCAAAGAGGGCGAGGAGAUCGAGCCCUUGACAGUAGCCAAACUUCUUCAGAAGGCGGUGGAACAACAAAAGAGCAACCUGGUGGUCCUGGGCAAGCAGAGCAUCGACGAUGAUGCCAACCAGACGGGUCAAAUGUUGGCGGGUCUGUUGGGAUGGCCACAGGCUACACAAGCGAGCAAGGUCGAAUUUGGCGCCGAUGACGAGGUCACUGUUACAAAGGAGGUGGACGGUGGUGUCGAGACGGUGCGCGCCAAGCUGCCCAUGGUUAUCACCACAGAUCUCCGACUCAACGAGCCUCGAUACGCAAGUCUGCCUAACAUCAUGAAGGCCAAGAAGAAGAAGUUGGAGAAGACAAAACUUGAGGACUUUGGAUUGGAUGGAGUGAACCGUCUCAAGACACUCAAGGUUGUUGAGCCUCCUGCUCGACAGGGUGGUGGCAAGGUGGAGGACGUUGGUGGCCUGGUUAGCAAACUCAAGGAGCUUGGUGCUCUGUAA